AUCACAACUUAAACUAUCGACCAACUUUUUUCUCACACCAUUUACACGAUAACUGCUCCCUACAAAAAAGAUCAAUCAAUUAGCCAAUCAAUUAGUUAAACAAUUAGUCAAAAUUAGUAAAAAAGAAAUCAAAUUAUCGAAAAUUUAAAAAAAAAAAAGAAUUUUUCAAAUAAAAAUCAUUUUAAUAUUUUUCAUUCAAAAAAUGUUCAUUAGAAAAGUGUGUCUUCAGUUUAUAGAGUGAUAAUGCUUUUUUUGGGAAAAGUACCCGAGUGAUUUUCAUUUUCCAAGGAUAUAAACAUUGUUUCAAAGUGUGAGAAAAUAAAAUAAGGAUCAUGGAGAAAAUAAUUCCCACGCUGUGUCCAUUGCCAAAUUACUACAGUUUAUCAUUGACUCCAACACUCAGUCUCCAGUCACUGUCAAGUCCAAUGGAUUUAUCUCAUUACUGGUCCUUGCCACUCCACAGAUUUAAAAGUCAUCCACGUUGUGAAAAGCCGCCGUACUCUUAUAUCGCACUAAUAGCAAUGGCAAUAAAUUCAUCGCCAAAACAGAGAUUAACACUUUCCGGCAUUUAUCGAUUUAUCAUGGACAAAUUUCCCUAUUAUCGUGAGAAUCGUCAAGGUUGGCAAAAUUCAAUUCGACAUAAUCUCAGUCUUAAUGAUUGUUUUGUGAAAAUACCCCGCGACAAAACAUGUCCCAGUGAAGAUGAACAAUUUGCCGGCAAGGGAAGUUACUGGACACUCGAUCCAUCGGCAAGUGAAAUGUUUGAACAUGGAAAUUAUCGUCGGCGACGAACGAGAAAGCAGAGGAACUUUGAGAAACUUCAAAAUCAAACUUCAUGUAUACUUCCGAUUACGAGUCACAUGCAAAUACCUGGAUUUUCAGAGAAAAUAAAUGAAUACGAAAGAUGUUUAAAGGAAAAAGAAUCAACCUCCGUUCAAGUUCCAGAGCAUCGCAUUAAAUCCUCCUUGUUUACGAUCGACAAUAUUUUGAGAAAAUCUCCAGUUUCCGGAAGCUAACCACUUUCAUAACAAGAUUCAUAAUAUUUAAAUACAUUUUCUCUCAUAAA